AUCCAGAUUAAACGUGUUCUGUUUAAAUCCAGUGAUAAUUGCUACAGUUGGUAGAUAGUGAUUCUCGAUAUGUCAUAACUCCGAACUCCACACAUGUGUCAAGUUAUCAGCGUAGUUAUUUAUGGAAAAGUAUAUAAAAUUCAAUGCGAUGUUUCGUAUUUAACGGAUGACCCUUCUAAUCAGUCCUUGAUCUUUCUGUAUUUGAUAACGACAUCUCGUGUAGUCGCUCGUGUGCAUCGUUGCCCUCAACCGUCUCCAAUAUUGUGCUCGCGUUAUUUACGAAAGAUGCAAGCCGUGCAGCCUUUGGAAACACAAGUGAAACGCGAGCGAGAGGCAAUACACUCUGGCCAGUUUAUGGUGUCGACCUUCGAGGCCGAGGAGCAAGAUGACGAAGACGAAGUCGCGGUGCCAAUCCCAGAAGUGGCAGAGACAGCCACCUCCAUCGUCCCCGUCAAGCAGUUCCAUGGCUCCAGAGACAUCAACAAGAACCACCAGCAGCAGCUGUCCAUCGACACCAGUCUGUCCAAGCUGUUCCAGUGCAUGUCUUUGGCCUACAGGCAAAAGUUGACGUCGCCGAAAUGGAACCGAUUCCGCGGAAUCAGACUAACAUGGAAGGACAAAAUAAGGCUUAACAACGUUAUUUGGCGGUGCUGGCAUUUGCAGUUUAUCAAGAAGGCAAAUACGUUAAUUUGCCAGUUUGCGUCUCCUUUGGAUGUAGACACACAUAAUAAGCCUGAGGCCGUUGUACUAGAAGGCAAAUAUUGGAAGCGGAAGUUGGCGGCUGUAACAGCAGAGUACAAAAAAUGGCGUUUGUUUUACCGAAACCAUGCCCUUGGACAUUCCUCCAGAGACGACGUAGAAAUGCUCAGCGACGUCGAUUUGCUAACUUGUUACUCUCAAAGCACCGAAAAUAUGCACAUGAUGGUUGACGAAGACUACAUGGGCCUAAUGAGCGACACACUAUUUUCCACCAUCACGAAUGUCCCAUUUGUUUUCCCCGAUUCGAGGGAGAUAGCUAAAGCCGGACUUGCCGAUUUCAUCCAACCUAGUCUAGGGCCCCUCCAACCCAAUCUCGACGAUUACAUGGACACAUUUGAGCCUCUUCAAGAAUUCAUGUCGUGUAAGCUUCCAACAGUUCCCGAAGAACAAACGCAAAACACCACGUGGAACUAUUCCGAGUUGGAUUUGAUGCAAUCAAGCUCAAAUUUACAAAUGAAUACCGUUCACAAUCCUCCUCAAUAUCAGCAAAAUUUGAGCGUGUCUCAAAUGCCGAUAGAAAAGCCGUUGCAGCAGGAAAGUCCAGUGACUUCUGAAGCGACAAUUUACAACUCGAUGAUUAAUCAAUAUGUACCUCAGGUACAAACAACGUACCAUUCUUCUGUGAUCUCGAAAAACACCAAAAGCCAUAAGAAUGCAUCGCCGACUCAUGUUAAGUUAAACCAAAGCCAUCUUCAUACGAAUAUCUACAACAAGUCUGUUAGUAAUGUGUAUACGAGUUUUCCCGAACAAAAUCUGCAACAGAAUAAUACCAUGUGUCUCAACGAACGGAUACAAAUGCCUCUGCAAGAUCCUCUCCAACAACAAACGUUGCAACGCCAACAGCAACAAAUAAUUCAACAACAAGCGCAACAACCGGAAAUUCAACAAUUCAAACUGCCUCAGCAGUCGCCGGAACAGAGACAAUCUCCCGGUUAUAAAUUUACAACACCGGCGGUACCCAACAUUAAAUUCACAUCACAGGUACCCCACAUGAUGCAUUCUAUACAUCCUGCACACUCUCAGUACAACACUAGCCAUUCUUUUUCUAAAGAAGAGAAGUCUGAAACUCGGAUGCGAGGGGCCCCCCGAGGCCGGCAAAGAUCUCGUUCAAACACCCGAGAGCCGAUCAGACGGCCCCCUUUAAUCUCUGCCGUUAGUGAUCCUUCAUUGCUCACACAACUUUUAACGAAUAGCACUGACAAUGAUAUAUUUGCACGAAGUCAGAGUCUUAUUUCGGCCCAUGAUCAGGUCCGUAUUAAGGAGGAAAAUAGUCCCAUACCAAUUUUGCCUCAACCUCCGCCUGUAUCGUCGACUCUAAUCAUCACAACUCCUGUAAAUAUUGUUCAGUCGCCAUCGACCGAUCCAUUGAUGUUGAAUAGUUCAUUCAGUAGUUCAAAUAGUCCAGUUUUGGACGGCUCUCAGAAUAUCAAUUCGCCUACCUCAUCACAGGGUUCAAUGGGCUCGCCUAAUCGAGACAAUCCUCACAGAGAUCAAAGGAGGGUGGGCCAUAUACACGCCGAACAAAAAAGACGAUACAAUAUCAAAAACGGGUUUGAUAUGAUUCAUUCUCUUAUACCACAUCUUAAUCAGAAUCCGAACGCUAAGUUAAGUAAAGCAGCGAUGCUUCAGAAGGGUGCAGAGUAUAUCAGGCAGCUGAGAUCUGAAAGAAAUCAAUUGAAUGAAGAAAUGGAGUGUUUGAGGCAACAAAUCGAAACAUUGAAUACUUCCAUAAGUAAUUGCCAAUCUAUGUUACCUGCGACCGGAGCGCCGGUUUCACGUCGUAGAGACAGUAAAAUGCAGGAAAUGUUCGAUGAAUAUGUCAGAAAACGGACAAUGGAAAAUUGGAAAUACUGGAUUUUUAGUCUACUCUUUAGGCCACUUUUAGAUUCGUUUAACAGUUUCGUGUCUACGUCUAGUUUAGAUGAUCUUUAUAGAUCCACAAUUUUGUGGAUAGAACAACACUGUACACUUGUAGACCUUCGCCCAGUGGUCCUGAAUUCCCUAAAGUACCUGAGUACCAAGACAGAAAUCUUGUCCGAGCCUGAAAAGCUGCCAGAAGAAGUGAGACAAAUGGUUCUGUCUAAAAAUGCGCAGUAGAGUAGAAGCAACCAAGAUAACAUUUGCUCAGAAACUUCGUGUUCGUGAUACACAGUGCAAACCGAUUGUUUUAAGUGAAACUUAUACGGGCUUCAUAGAUGCUUGAAUUUUUUUAAAAGUCUUCCGCCAGACUUAAUUUGAUUAAGUACGAUUUUUUAAAAGAGUUAAGGUUCAUUGCUUGUGUGUUUUUUUAAAAAUUGGAAUAUAUCAACGGUGCAAUGCAAGAUGCUGCCUUAUGAAGUGUUGUAACACUUACAACUCAUAAUGUAUCUAAAUUUUAUGACUAAUCUUGAAGUACAACUUAUCGUUAUUGUGUUUUUUAACAAUUUUAAUUAUACUGUGCCUUACAAAUCAGAGCGUGAUACUUUUUUAUUUUAAAAUUAUCGUAAGUUUUUAGGGUACUUACCAUGUAAAUCUUGUUAUGUGUUUAUGAGUUAUGUAAUAUUUGUGUAAGUCAGUUAAUUUUCAGUCAUUAAAUGCAUAUUGUUUUGUUUA